CCCCCCCCCCCCCCACUGAGUAAACAUCGUGUCGAUUGGCUGGGCGGAGGGGAGUCUAGGAGAGAGGAUGAGACGGACUGAAGAAAAACAAAGAUGGCUGCAGGGUCUUAGUGUCUUCAAACAGAGUCGCAGUAGAGAUUGAAGCGUUACAGCCGGUGUGAUCUAGGUGAGCUCGGCAGGUGCUGGGUGGUGAGAGAGCUUCGGUCGAGUCGCUGCAGAGCCGCUCGGAAGCCUGUUUCAAUGAGGGAGAAGACACGAUAUACACUCGAAGGGUUGUUUUGUUUCCGACUGAACAAAAAUGCGAAACAUUCUUUAAAAAAUAUGUUGAAAAAAUUAUAACUUUUAUCUUUAAAAGAUAGUAGCAUCAAAUUAAUUCAUCCAUUUUACUACCCAAUCCCCUUUCAUCACUGUCAUUUACAAUUUAUCAGUAGCAUCAUCAUCAUCAUUAUCAUCGUCAUUAUUAUUUUUUAUUAUUAAUACAUGAGAAACAAAUACUAGUUAACAUUUUGUUAGUUAAUUGUACGGUACAUUGCCACUGACAGUGACACAUAACGCAUACAAAUCGGACAGACAGACAGACUCAUCCCCGAUGUCUUCUUUGGAGGAUCGCGGCGAAGUGGGAGUUCCGGUGGCCACGGCUCCGAGCUCCUCCUCGGCCGGGCUCGGUGUCGGGGCCGCGGGGGCUGGGCUGGAGGCUGGGCCCGGUGGUCCCGGGGUGCAGGGCGGACAGGAGCAGGCCGAUCAGGAGCCAGACCCAGACGCGCCACCCAAGAAGCGUGUGAGGCUGCUGCAGGAGGGUGAGGCAGGCAAGCUGGAGGAGAGACUUUACGUGGUGCUGUGCUGCACUGUGUGUUUGGACUUGCCAAAGGCGUCUGUCUACCAGACUGACUGCAACGUGCGUGUGGACCUGCCCAUGUCCUCCUUCUACCAGUGUACGAAUGGGCACCUGAUGUGUGCGGGCUGCUUCAUUCACCUGCUGGCUGAUGCACGUCUGAAGGAGGAACAGGCCACCUGCCCCAACUGCCGCUGUGAGAUUAGCAAGAGUCUGUGCUGCCGCAACCUGGCAGUGGAGAAAGCUGUGAGCGAGCUGCCCUGUGAGUGCAGCUUCUGUCUCAAACUGUUCCCCCGCAGCGUGCUGGAGAGGCACCAGAAAGAGGAGUGCCAGGACAGAGUGACAGUGUGCAAGUACAAGCGGAUUGGCUGUCCCUGGAAGGGCCCCUUUCAUGAGCUGACUGUCCACGAGGCGGAGUGCUGCCAUCCAACCAAGACUGGCAACGAGCUGAUGGGCAUCCUGGAUGUGAUGGACCAGUCCCACCGGAAAGAGAUGCAGCUCUACAAUGGCAUCUUCAGUCUGCUUUGCUUUGAGAAGAUCGGCUUUACAGAGGUGCAGUUCCGGCCCUAUCGUACAGAAGACUUCAUCACUCGCUUGUACUACGAGACUCCACGUUUUACAGUGCUGAACCAGACCUGGGUCCUGAAGGCUCGAGUGAACGACUCGGAGCGAAACCCCAACCUGUCCUGUAAGCGCACCCUGUCUUUCCAGCUGAUCCUCAAGAGCAAGGUCAACUCAGCGAUGGAGUGCUCCUACCUGCUGCUCAAGGGGCCCUACGAUGACGUCAAGAUCAAGCCAGUGAUCUACCACUAUGUCUUCAGCAAUGAUGCCAACGAGACUGACUACAUGCCCCUGCCAAUCAUCGACUCUAUCGAAUGCAACAAACUGCUGGCCGCCAAGAACAUCAACCUGAGGCUCUUCAUUUUCCAGAUACAGAAAUAGACAAGGCAGGGGGUCUUAGAAAGCACCACUGAACCAUAGUUACCUCUAAAGAAGCAAGCAGCAGAUAAACCAUGCCAGUGGGGGUUAGGGAAGGAGAGAUGGUAAUAGCAGACAAACACACCAACCACAGUCAUUCAUACCUUAAACCCAUCAGCACGUGUACGCAGCUGUGCACCGCCCAGAAAAGCAUUUGGUCCACUUUAUUAUUCAGUUUCAUCAUAAACACCAUACUAAAUUUGACUGAUAAACAAACGGUAAUUUUUAUAACAUUCUGUUUUAUGAAAGUUCUUGUGAUAUACUCACUUGAAUAACGUACUAAGAUACAAUAUUAUUGUAUUAUCUAUACCAGUCACCUAGCAAAAUACAUUUUUUGGCUAGUUCUCCUCUCUGAGCAGUGGUACUUACGUAUUCAGAUUACACUAGAAAAGUUGGGAACAUUCAUUAAAUUGGGGUAUAACAUAAUCUUAAACAUCUUUGACACUGCCAAGUAAAUAGUGACUCGGCUUAAUUAAACAGUGUAGAGUUAUGUUAAGCCCUGUACACAGCUCUCUGAUAACCCUCCUGGCACAGUAGAGAGCAGUGCCUAUACCUGGGAACAGUAGGACAGGAGUUGCAUUGAACCUUUUUUAAUUUACGCAGCAUCCUCCUUCAGCAAACCAUUUGAAGUGCAUUUCAGUAUUUGAACAGUAGGCAGUUUGUACAAUUAGGGACAACAGAACAGUAAAUGGCUGCAAAGGUAUUAUGCCCCAGAUGCCCAUGGCUUUGUAACUGCACCCUUAGUAGAUCACAAUGUUUAGGAGCAAGUCCAAUCAUGUCCUUGCAGAGAAGCUUGCUAUCUCUUAAUAGAAUUCCUGUGGAAGUGCACAGCAGAUUGAGCCUUCCAGGUUGAGUUUAAAUAAAAGACUGUAGGUCACAAUGUGCUGCUAUCUCACUUCAUAUUACCUACUGCUACACUUUUGCAAGCCAGUCUUCAAAGCUUACGUAUUACCAUGUUUUAGUAUUGGGAUGUAGAAAUAUGAAUGUCUCCAGGGGAAAAAUAAAAUGUGUUUAAUUGGGCUCAAA